GAUCGCAACGAGCAGCGCGCCGUCACACUCACAGCGGCAGACAGAAGCGACCGCGUCCGCUGUGUGGGAGAAAGUUUGUUAAACCUCCCCGCUUCAUGAGGCUCGGAGAGAAAAUAAUAUUUCGUGGUUGGACUUCGGUCUCUCGAUCUACGUGCACACGUCACGUUUUUUUAAAUCCUACCAUCUGAUUGUUUUGAGGAUUUUUGUGGAAACAGGGAUCGGUCUCGUGCGUCUUCUCACCGGAGCGACCAAGGAAAAAGUUUCCCUGUCUCACUGGAGGAAUGCAUACAUGUUAUACGAGGAAAACCCGCAUCAUCUAACACAACAAAUGGAAGGCAAAGAAACGGACACACAGCUGGGAAUAAAUCAGUUGACAUCCUCUGAAGCACAUCCCUCUGCCAUUCCGGAGACUGAUAUGAGUGAACCCAGCACCGAGAAAGUCAAGACGCCCUCAAAAACCGAAUCCGGCCUUGAAGCCGACGCACCUACAAAGAUGGACUCCACUCCGAAAUCUGCUACCCCAACACGAUCAGAGGCCAUUCCAAAGUCAUCGGCAACACCCACUCCGAGAUCAAGUAGUCCCAAAAAAGAUGUAAUGAAGUUGGAGGACAGGCAAAAAUUGGCAAAGGAACGGAGGGAAGAGAGGGCAAAAUAUCUCGAACAGCGUAGCCAUGCUCAAGCUCAUAAGAAAUCUCAGUGGCUGGAGAAGGAGGACCGGGCGCGGCAGGUGCGAGAACAACAGCUGGAGGAGAGGAGGAGGAAACUGGAGGAACAGCGACUAAAGGCUGAGAAGCGUCGCGCUGAGCUGGAAGAGAGACAGAGACUGAAACUGGAGAAAAAUAAGGAACGAUAUGAGGCUGCGAUCCAAAGGUCCACUAAAAAGACAUGGGCAGAGAUUCGACAACAAAGAUGGUCGUGGGCCGGAGGCCUGAGCGGCAACUCCAGCCAAAGCCAAAGCAGAUGCUCAAUAUCAGCGGUCAACCUGCCCAAACACGUGGAUACAGUUAUAAACAAGAGAUUCUCCAAAUCCUCCGGCACUCUCUGGAACUCCCCGAGCAGAACUCGUAGCAUGCAGUUGAGUCCAUGGGAGAGCAGCAUCGUGGACAGACUCAUGACACCCACUCUCGCCUUUCUUGCCCGCAGUCGAAGCGCUGCCAGCGUGCUGAGCAACAGCCGAAACUCCAAUUCUCCAUUGUGCCCACGCUCGGCGUCUGCCAGCCCUCUAACAAUGUGUUCUCACCGACCACACCGCUGCUCUGAACGCUGGACGGUCACCGCCAGCACGCCCAACAUCGCCCAGCGCAGACGCGACUCCACACCUUUGAGGAAAGAUAAGAAGGACAAGGACAGAGAAAAUGAAAAAGAGAAAAGUUCUCUCACCAAAGAGAAGGUGCUGAAGAAAAGACUGUCCAUGCCAGCUAUGAAAACCAGUACAGAAUCCAGCCCGAGUCCCUUGUCCAAACUGCGAGCUGCGUCUCCUAUCACACCCAAAGGUCGGGUGUUGUCCCCCAGCCCUGCUGUAUCCCCCAAACCACCUUCGGCCCGAGCGAUUCCCAGCACCCCUAAAGCCAGACCCAAGAGGGCCAGAACCCCCGCCCGCCUGGAGACUGGCACCGCCUCGCCUGUUGCCGUCGAGAAGGUCAAGGAGACUCGCAGGCCAACUACACCCGAAGAGACGAAGACCUCGUCUCCCGCCCCCUCCAUCGUGGUAUCAUCGGUUCCAGACACGCCUCCAAGUGCACCCGUCACGUCAGUGUCCACGCCCUCUGCCCCGGAGGACACUCCUCUUGUCCCCGCCCUCCCACAGAUUGCAUCUCCCGCACCCUCUCCUGUCAAGACCAUGGCUGGCACCAACGACCCAGAGGAGGCCACUCUCCUGGCCGAGAAGAGACGACAGGCCCGUGAGCAGAGAGAACGAGAAGAAGAAGAACGGAGAGAACAGCAGGAGACAGAGAGGAUCCAGCGUGAGGAGGGGUUAGUGCAGGAGGCAGAGGAGAGGAGACGCAGGGAGGAGGAGGCGCAGCUCAUGGCGGAGCAGGAGAGGUUGAGGGAAGAGGCGGAGCGCCUGCGUGAGGAGAAGGAAGCGCAGGAAAGAGCCAGAUUUGAAGAGGAAGAGAACAAACGCCUUCAGAAACAGAAGGAGGAGGCUGAAGCAAAGACCCGUGAGGAGGCAGAGCGACAGCGUCUGGAGAGAGAGAAACACUUCCAGAAGGAAGAGCAAGAGAGACUGGAGAGAAAGAAGCGUCUGGAGGAGAUUAUGAAAAGAACACGCAAAACAGAUGCUGGAGACAAGAAAGACAUAAAAUCUCCAUCUCAAGUCAACGGGAAAGAUUCCACAACGGACUCACAGAUGAAUAAAGCUUCCGAGGACUACCAGCCAAGCGCAGCCUUAAAACAAGAUGGCCAACAUCAAAGUACCAUCAAGGAAAGUCUGUCAGUUCUUGUCGUCAAUGGAGUACAGCCUAUCAAACACGAGAAUGGUUUGUCAGCCAAAGGGAAUACCGAUCACUUUGAAGACAUCCUCCAACUGACCAAUCACACCAAUGGGCGGGAGAAGUCAGAAGCGGACAUAUCCGAUGAGCCAAUCAUGGCUUUUGACAGCGGAGAAUCCUUCCUUAAGAAAACAGGUCCAAUUAAACCUCAGCAUGUGGCAGAGGUCCUCUGAGGUCAUGAGUCAUUGGACGAAGCCUUACAUCUGCAUCGUCUGAGAAGCCAGAUUGAAAAAGUACAGCAUGAGCACACCCGCGCCAAACCCGAAAACUGACUUCUGUUUAGAUUGCACAAAGCAACCUCGCUAUCAAAGCCUUAUGGCGAACGCUGGAAGAUUACAAGCUACACAACAAUCAAGCUAAGCUAAACAAGAUCCAUUGAUAUGCAGUGGCAUCACCGGUCAAUAGGACUCACACUAGUGGCAGACCAGUUCAGGCCUCUUUCUGAUCACCACACCGCGGUGGUGAUAAUCUUUGUCAUAAUUCAUGCUGUUAUGGGUUAAACACAGACGUGCUUUGGAUGUUUUGUUCUUUAUUGUUUAGCUAUUUAACGUGAAGACACUUGUAACUACUGGAUACAGUUGUAUGUGAAUAGUGUAAAUUGAUGUGAGGGGGAACGAUCUGUGAAUAAAACAGAUUGAAAGAGA